AUGGUGCAAGCAGCAAAGAUAAAUUCAGGACGUUCUGUUGUUGUUGAAUCAUCAACAUCAUCAUCGGUAUCGUCAGUAUCCACGAAUCAUAGAAUUCUGGAAGGAGAUGAUGACGGUGAUGCAGGAGACGAAGAAGAAGAAGAAGUAAACGACAAUCAAAGCAAUCAAAGCAAUCAAAGCAAUCAAAACAAUCAAUCCAAUCAAUCCAAUCAAUCCAAACAAGCCGUACCACAGGAUCCCAACACUCCCAUUCAUGACAAGGACAAUCAUCAACCCAUUUUGUUCAAUCGCAAACAGUUAGUCUUGUUUGCGGGUCCUCACAAUUCGGCAUCGACGUCCGUGGAAGAAUUCAUGGCGCAGUGGGCGGAAUCUGGUUGGAAACGUGGGCAUCCCCAUACCAAAGCGUGCGUACGAAUAUAUAUGUGA